GGAGUUUGCAUCAUGGCCAAAACAUCCACCUCACCGUGAUGCCCCUCAUUAUCAUAACGGGCCUUCCGUGCUCAGGAAAAACCUACCGAGCCGAGCAGAUUGCCACCCAGUUGGAAGCCUAUAUUGCGUCAGACCCGAGUUUAUCGAAACGCAGUGUACAGAUCAUCCAGUCACACCAUGCUUCCCUAGAUCGAAAAAACACUCCGUCCUCCUCCUCCGAUCAAAGUCCGACUCCUGAAAAUCAACCCAACGAGAUUUCCACCCUCCGAGAUGAAAUCUACAACAGCGCAUCUCGAGAGAAGACGGCUCGAGCAGAAGAAUUCUCCGCCAUUAAACGAGCCCUGUCCAAAGACAACAUCGUGAUUGCCGAUGGAUUGAACUACAUCAAGGGCUACAGGUACCAAUUAUGGUGUGAAGCCAAGGCUGCAGCUACAAGAUGCUGUGUCGUUCACGUUGCCGCACAGGAGGACGAGUGUCAGAAAUGGAAUCGUGAGAGGAUGAGAGUAUGGGGAAUUGAAGAGGAGGAUGGUGGAGACAAGCGGGAUGUGAACAAGGGCGCAAUAGAUGCGAAUAGUUUCGGUGAACUUGCGCCUGAAAGCCACACGGCCAUCUAUGGCGAUCGAAUGGUGGAAAAACCAUCAAGCCGUUCGAGAUCAUCCUCGAUGGAUGGAAUGGAUUCAGAUGAUGAGGAAUCCCGACCACGUCGACCCGUGCAUGCUGACGACGAUGGCAUGACUCUGAAAUCUCUGUAUAUCGGUAAUCAAGCCCCCGAGACAACUCAAAGUAGUCGUGAUGCCAGAGGAAUAACCAACGCCACAACCACAACUCCACCAGAACAACGCACUCCCUCACCCCUACUACCACCAUCAUCAACAUCAAUAGCCGCACCACCACCACCACCAACCUCCUCCCCACCCUACCUCCCCUCCACCCUGAAAUCCCUUCUCAUGCGCUACGAGCCCCCUUCUCCAUUCUCCCGCUGGGACACACCACUAUUCACGAUCCCCAGCUUCGACAUCACGAUACCCACAAGUCAAAUCUGGGAGGCAUUGUAUCCCACACCCGCAAAGCCGACUAGUAAGAAAGCUCUAUCUCAGCUGUCGAGUCGUGAACGGAGUGGAUUCUCUAGUCAAGAGGAUAAUAACACCAAGAACGGUAUCUCGUCGACUCAACCACCCUCGUCAAUGGUCAAGAAUGCGUCAAGUGUUGGAGUAAAACAACACGCAGCCACGAUUCUACCUCAAUCGAGUACGGCGGAUGCAUUGCAGACACUGGAAAGCACGACGAUGGAAGUGGUGAAACAGUUGCUGGCGAGGGCGAGAGAGGUGGGGGUGGGUGGGAGUGUUAAUAGUGAUGGUGGCGAUUUGACCAUGACAAUGACGGCAAAUCCUCUGUCCGGUGUCAGCGGCGAUCAAAACGACAUCUCAGUUACGAUGCAUAUUCCGCCUGGCUUGACGCUAAGUCAGCCACUCCUCCAGCGCUUGCGGCGGAAAUAUACACAGAUCCAACGGGCGGGGAUUGCGCAUGGCCAGGGAUAUGUUCAGGGUCGUGCUGCUAUCGUAGAGGGAUUUAUUGGAUUUCUCGACGGGGAGUGGAAUCCGGAUGAGUGAUGUGAGGUUUAGCAAGGGUGUCCGGGUCUGGAGUCUUCUAGAGCGAGUCAAAUAAAGCUGUCAGAUAAUCGAUCAACUAGAACAAGAUUCCCUGUUUGAAGGUGG